CGAGAGGAAGGGGGAAAGAGAGGGAGUGUACGAUAGAGAGCGGGCCAGAGAUAAGAGGAGGAGGGCAGAUGGUGAGUUUAGGCCUACAGAGAUAGCGAGGAGGCAGAGUUGGUGAGGAGGAGAAGGAGUUGGAAGUGGGCCGAGAGCAUCGCUGCAUAGGGAUCCAACAAGGAGCAAUAUGUCGUCUUUCAAGAAAGCUAUCAAGCGGCGGGCGCACCAGGAGCGUGCGCAGCCUUCUAGUCGAGAGCGCCUGGGUCUUCUGGAGAAACACAAAGACUACGUUCUCCGCGCGCGCGAUUACAAUAGGAAGAAGGAUACGCUCCGCGUCCUGCGGGAAAAGGCGGCCAACAGGAAUCCUGAUGAAUUUUACUUCAAGAUGGAGCGCUCUGGAUUCCGUGACGGUGUGCACGCGGCACGGGUGGACGUCGAAGAUGACCAGCGGUAUACUCCAGAGGAGUUGAGGUUGAUGAAGAUGCAAGACAUCAACUAUAUUCGUAUGAAAGCACAGGUAGAGAGGAGGAAGGUGGAGAAGAUUCAACCAUCGCUGCAGUCCAUUGACGAAACGAAAAGGAACAAGCACGUGCUCUUCGCCGAAGAUGUGGAGGAUCUGCGGCUAAAGGCGGCGAUGGUGGCCGAGAAGAAGGAGGGAGGGGGAGGAGGCGAAGGAAAGGAAGGUUUGCGUAGACAUUUAAACAAGGCACGGAAAGCAGCCUACAGAGAGCUAAUGGAAAGGAAGGAACGAGCACAGAAGCUGAGAAUGAUGUUGCAGAAGAUGGCAAUGGAGAAGGAACUGCUGGGAAAAGGGGACAAGCGCCUGGUCCAUGUCAACAAGGGAGGCGAUGGCAACGAAGACGAUACCGGCGGGCAAUGCUCUGUUUAUGUUUGGAAGCAAGAGCGAAAACGAUAGGCCACUUUGAUGGUCGACAUGGGUUCAAGGGCGAGGCGGCAGGCCAGGUUGUUGAAGAAGUCAACGAUGAGAACAAGAGGGAGCAAGUUGGUGAAAGUGCAACAUGGCAUCGACAGAAGCUCGUUCGUUGCUAGCGAGGGUCGUUUUGCCUUCACAAGUAGGACGUUCUAGGGGUGGAUGAGUAGCAGCAACAGCUACGAUGAAGUCUGCAGCAGGUGGUCUUGGUGAUGGGGGCAAGCAGCGCCUUGCCCACCUUGAGCAUGGUAUGGAGCAGGGUGGUGAGGGUGGCAGCAGAGCAGUUGAGGUGCCGAUCUCAAGGACAUGGGGAUUAUUGAUUGCGUAGCAGAAUGUCUGCGGUCGAGAGGCGUCAGGGGGCUAUGGAGGAUUCAGUCUCGCAGACGUUCAAGCACAUCUUGGAUCUGUGAAAGAUCUGAUUGCACUUGCUCGGACUGGGGCAGGGAAAGACCCUCGCGUAUGUACUUCCUGCGAUUCAUCAUCUAUCCAUCGAUAAAGUGGCGAAGCAUGGAUGAACUCCCAGGGCAUGAGCUCUCGUGCCAACGCGAGGGUUGGCAAAGCAAGUCUUCGGGGGAUUCAAUUGUUAUGCAUCUGGAAUGGGGGGGGCUGCAAUGUGUUUGUCUGUAUGGUGGGGACACUCUUCCUCCUCAGGAAUCAGCACACUCCGAGCGGGGACGGACGUUGUGGCAGGAACACCAGGGUGGAUCAGAGGUCGUAUCGAUAGACGGACGUUGGACCUGAGUGGCCUUGAUGGCAGAAUUCUUGAUGAAGCAGAUGAGAUGCUAGAGGAAGGUUUUGAAGUUGAUGAGGAUGGGAUCCUAGCUUCAGGAUGUGCAUCCCAGAUUCUGUUGUUCAGUGCCACCAUGUCAACAACAAAUAGGGAGAUGGCAGGGACUUCCAACCCAGAUGAGGCCCUCAUAGCGCCUAUUUGAUGUCGUUGAGGAAGAUGAAAUCAGAAGGGUUGCCCCAAAUGGUUCAAGGAGUGAUGGGUGUUCUUGGAGAGUAUGGAGGGAAGCAAAGCGGACAGGGGAGUCACGUUAUUGUGUUCACAGAAACUAGCAAGGCAGAGAUGCUUCCCUUCCGGCUCUAGCACUCCGGAUACCUGCGAGGGUUGGUCAUGGCGACCUGAGUCAAGCACUCUGGAUACCUGCGAGGGUUCGUCAUGGCGACCUGAGUCAAUCACAGCAAGUGGUAAUAAAGAUGUCAUUUUGUAAGGGCCAGUUCAAUACUUUCGCGGUGACAGAUGUGGCUGUACGAGGUCCAGACAUCCUGAGUGUUAGGUUGGUGGGGUGGUGGGGUGGUGUGAAUCAGCAUUGCAUCUAGAUACAUACGUCCAUCAGGCAGGAAGAACUGGACGUGCAGGUUGGAAAGGGGUAUCUGUGAUGCUGUUCACACUCCCAUGGGGAGAGAUGCCCUGCUAACCAUUGAGAAGAGGGUAAAACUAAAGAUCGGUCGUGUGAACACAGCCUCACCUAGUCGUGUUGGUGCGUCAAGAUCCUCCUUACGUGCAUCUCUGAGUGAGGGUGCCUUCUAUCUGUGACUGUUUAUUGGUAAUGAAGACAUGAGCGCUUU